AUGCUGCAGUCAAGAAAGGAAUCUUGGGCAACAGGCAUCGAACACAAGAUUGACGGCACGGUGUACAGCGAGGUGAUGGAGGACAUCAUCCUCGACGUCACGGAAGGGAAGCUGCUUGGAAUGUCCAUCUGUGGCGGCCAAGACGACAGCCUGGGCCAGGGCGACACCGCCAUCUACAUCAAGAAGAUCUUUGCCCAUGGCAUUGCUGCGUCAGACGGACGACUGCAGGAAGGGGAUCGCAUCUGUGAGAUCAACGGUGUUCACCUGGACAACGUCACGCACGACCGAGCUGUCGCCGCCAUUCAAGAUGCCAUGCACACGGGAAAGGUGUGCCUUGUUGUGUCGCGGAUCGUGGAGAAGGAGAAGGUGACACGCGAGGAGCAAUUUCACGGCCGUCACGGGCUCGAUGGCUUCGAAGUGUCGUACCAGCGAGGCCGCAUUGCUGUCGAUGAUCUCGUUGUGGUUGAGAUUGGACGCGACAACGGCCGAUACGGCAUUGAACUCGUUGGCAGCUCGUCUAAGCAGAACAAGGGUGGCGUGUUCAUCUCUGCUGUUCACGCCGGCACCAAAGCAGCAACACAGGGCGCACUUGCCCGUGGCAUGCAAAUCAUUGACAUCAACGGCUGGCAGGUUGAGAAGGCAACGGUGAAGGAAGCCCAGACGCUGCUCAACGUGUCCAUGGUGGAUAAGGCCACGAUCACGCUUCGAUCAAACCCAGACGCAUUUGCACGCAUUGCACACGAAUCCGAUGAGCAGCACUACGCUCCACUCGUUCCACCUGGCGUGUCGAAGGACAGCCUCCCAGCUGCUCGUGUCGUUGUGCUGGAGCGGGAUUCCGUGUCCGACAGCUGGGGCCUGCGCGUGCUCGGCCGCAGCAUGACUGGCGUGCCUGCAGGCAACACCGCCAUCUUCAUCAGCGGCAUCAUGCCAGACUCCGUCGCCGCCCACAACGGCGAGCUGCAAGCCGGGGAUCAGAUUCUUGAAGUGAACGGCCUGUGCAUGAACGCAGCCACGCACCAAACCGCAUCGCAGACACUCAAGACAAGCGGGCUCACCGCCAAGCUCCUGGCAACAACGUGCUCGAGCUGGUUGUCACCACCAACUCCGCGGGCUUUGACAAGUACCGUGACUUCACCGGUGGGGAGGAGCGCCUCGUCACGCUGCAGCGUGGCGCGCACGGGUUUGGGUUCACGGUCUGUGGCCCAGACGCCGAGGGCAGUGUACCGCGAUGACAUGGCACAGGUGCACCGGGAUGUGCGCACGGUCACCAUCGACUGCACAGACGCACACGGCCCCGGGUUCUCUGUUGUCGGCGGAUCUGAGAUGGGAGCUGACAUCUUUGUAUCUGUCAUCCAUGUUGGCGGCCCCGCUGAGCGCACGGGGCACCUCUCCGUUGGCGACCAGCUGCUCACCAUCAACGGGCAGGAGGUGACGGGAUUCUCGCGCCUGCAGGUGGAGUCAAUGCUCCAGGCAGCGAGUGGGCAAAUCACACUCGAUGUUGUGGAGAACGCGGAUGGGUUUGCGCCCUUCCGCGAGCAGCUGCGCAUGCGUCGCUACUCCCAGACGCCCAAUGCCAGUGCGAGCACUGGUGUCGGGGCCAUGAAGGCCGGUCGGCGUCGCAGCAAGCAGAGGCGGCAGUCACGCUUCCCGCCACUUCCGUUUUACGUGCGCGCACUGUACGACUAUGAGGCAGAGCAUCACUCGCAGCUGUCCUUCAAGCGCCGCGACGUGCUUGAGGUCACCAACGUGUCUGAUCGCGAGUGGUGGAUGGCGCGCAACCCGGCAACGGGAAAGAUGGGCCACAUUCCCUCGCGCAACCGCCGUGAGAAGGACUUUAUGAUGACGCGCGAGUGGGCAGACCUCUGUGCCCGUGUGGAGGAAAACAUGUCCAAGCCUCAAAAACGCCUCACCCUCACCAACAAGACCCCGGAGGAACGCAAGGCCGAGGCUGUGUCCAUUCGCUCAUAUCAGGUAGUAUCGAAGCGCAGUGUUGCCGGGAAUUUCAAACGCCCACUGGCCAUCAUCGGGCCGGAGUCGCUUCGCAUUACAGAGGCGGUGCGGCACGUCCUGCCCAACAUUGAGUUUGUGCACGCUGUUCCCCAUACGACGCGCGCGCCACGCGAAGGCGAAGUGGACGGUGUUGACUACUUCUUCAUCACGCGCCAGGAGAUGGACGACAUGCUCUCCCACAAGAAGUUCAUUGAGGCUGGGCGGUACAAGGGCAACCUGUAUGGCACAUCCCUGACGGCCAUCCGUGAGCCCGCAGAGGAAGGGAAAGUUGUCAUCCUCGACACGCAGCUCAAGGCGAUCCAGCGCCUGCAGCAGUUUGGCGACAUCCACCCCGUGGUCAUUUUCCUUCGCCCGAAGAGCGUGGACACACUGCUCAAAUCACUGCAGCAAGCGGCUGCCGCAGACGACGAGGACACGCCUGUCGACAAGUCAACAGCAGAGGCGCUGUACAACGCAACGAUGGCCACGGAGGACGAGUUUGAUCACCUCUUCACCCACGUUGUCGACACGGGCGUGAGCUUGGCCAAGACAGUCAAGUCCGUCGCCAACAUUGUCUUCCACUGCGUCGACGCCACAUACUGGGCCCCCGAUUUCACCCAGCUGCCGCUCGCACCACCAGCAUCGUCGCGCGCUGAGUUGACAGCAGCAAGCUUCCGCGUGUCCCCGCUCGAAGCCGUGGCGGAGGAAGAGGCAUCAUCAGUGCAGCACGGCGAUGGUGAUGGUGCUGAGCAGCAGAAGUCGGCAGCGGGCCUGGAUGCCAUCCCAGAGAUCACUGCCGUGUCGACAGAGAAGGCUGUCGACACAUCGCCUGCCAGUGCAUCACCUCAGCAACAGCAGCAGCAGCAGCAGCAGCAGCAGCAGUACCAAGAUGACGGGAGCAGUGGCGAUGAUGCUGCUGCAAUCGCCAAGGCGAAGAAGCGACGGCGCCGUAAGCAGAAGGGAAGAUCGCUGGCACCACGUGGCAUUGCUCCUGUUACCGUUGUGGUUCGGCGGAACGACAAGGGCUCGUUUGGCUUCAGCGUUGCUGGGGGCAUUGAGGAUGAUCUGCUGCCUGCGAUCGUGCUUCGCCCCAACGUCACCCCCCUUGUUGUUCGCGGCGAGCCCCUUGGCAAGGGCGACGAGAUUGUGUCGGUGAACGGCGUGAAUGUGGCGGGGCAAUCGCAUGCCGAAGUCAUCCGUCUGAUCAAGAGCGCUGGUGAUGAGGUCACGCUCUCCAUCCUCAAACGCAAGACAAACCAGUCCUACAGAAAGGUGAGCGAGCUGAUGGCACUGCCAUCGAUGGACGAGGAUGCGGCGGCGUUGCAAGACCAGGUCAAGAGCACGCUCUACAGCAUGACCGUACCCGUCACGUCACGUCCAAAGCAGGAGGAUGAAGUUGACGGCGAGGACUACCAAUUUGUCUCCACAGCAGUGUUUGAGGAGAUGAUCAUGAACGGGCAGUUGCUUGAGUGGGGCAAGUACAAAGGCCACUACUACGGCACACCCAAGGUCAUUCCAAGUGAUCUCGACCCCAGCCGCCGCUUUGAGCGCUCCCGCACUUUCAAGCAUGCGAUGAAGAACAAGGAUCGCAAGGGCACGCGCGUGAACACCGUAAUCCUGCAGAGGAAGCCAGAGACGAAAGGGUUUGGUAUUGAGUUCCAGGGCGGGAUUGAGAAGGACGAGCUGCCAACCAUCACGCACUUGAACGACCCAGUUGUUCUCAGUUCAAGCUAUGGCAACAUUCAGGAGGGUGAUUGCAUCUUGGCCAUCAACUCCCUAAAUGUCGCCGGCACCACCCACGACAGCGCAAUGCGACUGCUCGAGGGGGCGGAUGACACGGUUGAGUUGUUGGUGCUGUGCAGAGAAGCGCAGAACUGGAAGCACCGACGCUCCAUCCGCGAAUUCCUGGCGCCAUCUGUUCACGAUGAUGACGCUUUGAAGGCCAUCAAGGCCGAUGUCCGACGUGGCAUGUACAGCCACACCGUCCCGCUUACAACACGCAAGCCCCGCGAGGGCGAGAAGCACGGCGUGCACUACUUCUUCGUGUCGAAGGAGGAAUUCGAGGAGAUGAUUGAGCGGGACGAGCUCUUUGAAUGGGGCGAACGCAACGGUGUGUACUAUGGCACGCGCAGGUCCGCUGGGCAGAACCAGACGGACGGCGGACUGAUUCGAUGCACGUCGCUGACAAAACGGUCCAGUGCCAAGGAUCUGGCCAGGCCCACGCUCGUCACGUUUAAGCGCGGCCCAACCGGAUUUGGUUUCAACAUCGUGCACGUGCGGGAACAGCCUUGCCCAGGCAUCUACAUUUCGCACGUCAAGCCUGGCAGCCCAGCGGAUGAGCAAGGCGGGCUGCAGGAGGGGUUGCAGGUGUUGGCGGUGAACGGUCAGGAUGUGGCCAGUGCAUCGAAGGAGGAGGCAUCCGCUGCGCUCAAGAGCACCGGUGACUACAUCUCUCUCCUCGUUCGCACCAACCCACAGGGCUACGCUGGGUACAAGCGUGCGCUGCGCCGUGACAGCUACCAGCAGGCAGCCGACAUGGAGUCACGCAUCCAGCGGAUUGGCGGCACAAACGUGCGCAUCGUGCACGUCGAGCGCACUGACAAGGGCUUUGGCCUUCGCAUUGCCAAGGACGAUGACUUGGGUGUUGUGCACAUCACAGAGGUGUUGCCUCAGUGCCAGGCGCUUGACAUUGCGACGGGCGAUGCCAUUGUGCAGAUGGACGAACACCCUGUGCAGGAUCUGCAACACGAAGAAGUCUUGGAUCUUCUCAGGCGCAAGUCCAAAGUCUCAUUUGUGGUCGUCUCCCUGCCGUCCGUGUCUGUUGUUGAGGACGCCAACGCUCAUGUUGAGAAUGCAGCCACAGCCGCCGAGCGCAGCGUGCAUCUUGUCAAGCGCGGGCAGGGCUUUGGUUUCACGGUCGCCUCUGAUCCCGACACGGGAUUGCAGUCACGCAUUGCCAGCGUUGUUGAAGGCAGCGUGGCCAGCGAUUCGGGAAUGCUGUUCUCUGGAGACCGCAUCCUGGCCAUCAAUGGCGAAGACGUGUCAAACAUGAUUCACGAGGACAUCAUUGCGUGCCUGCGUGCGUGCGAUGAGCUUGACCUGCGAGUCACAAGCGACACCGCCCCUCUCCCCGCUGCCCUGACAUCAUCGCCAAAGACACCAUCACGUGCGCCGUCGAACGACGUGACCCCUGCGCGUGGACAGCUACAAACAGCGGCUGCAGCGACGACGAAACAAAUGCUCACUGUUGGCGGGCUGGAUGCGCUUGAUGAGGAGUCGACGACUGACGGGUACGACAACCUCGGGUCCAUCUAUGGUCGCGCAUCGACAGGGACAGGUGCACGCACCAAGGCAGCGGCGGCAGCAGCAGCGACAGCUGCACAGGACACACACACGGUUGAGGUCGCACGUGGUUCGGCAGGCCUUGGCCUGACCAUCAUCACGGACGAGGAGCUUGGCAUUGUGCGGGUUGCGGGACUGGUACCAGGUGGUGCUGCCGACGUGACGGGCAUGAUUGAGAUUGGGGACCGCAUCUUGGCCAUCAACGGCGAGAUGACGGCUGGCAAGUCGCACGGUGGCGUGGUAGACAUGCUUCGGCAGGGCGACGCUGUGCAGCUGGUCGUGUGCCGCGAUCCAACACCGCUGCCAGAGGCGGACGAGGAAGAGGAAGUGGCUGGCGGCGAAGGCGCCGUGUUUGGCGGUGGCGGUGCGGGCCACGAUGCCCAUCACCCCAUUGAGGAGCGGCGUGUUGUUCUGCACAAGAGCGAGCUUGGCUUUGGCAUGCGCAUCUCCUCUCCCUCCGACAACGACGUCGGCGCGUGCGUCACCACCGUUGUGGAUGGCGGACCAGCCGCAGCCUCGGGCUUGGUGCGAGAGAACGAUGUGCUGGUGUCUGUAAACGGCGUGGAGGUGCUUGACAUGCGCCACGACGACAUUAUUGACCUUCUCCGUCGCAACUCAACCGUGGACCUGGUGCUGUCGUCUGACCUCUCACUUCUCGGCCUCACCCUCGUGCCCGAGCGACGCACGGUUGUGCUUCGGCGCACAGAGCAAGGGUACGGCAUGAAGGUGACGACAGACGAGACGCUGGGCAUUGUGCGCAUCACCGCCAUCACAGAGAACGGGCCCGCGUAUGAGUCUGACCUCGUGUUUGUGGGUGACGUGAUUCUGGAGGUGAACGGCGAGCCGCUUGCUGGUUGCACGCACGAGGAUGUGAUCAGGGCAAUGACCGCACACGACGAAGCAGAGCUGGUGCUGCUUGCUGACGACUCACCGCUGCCUGUUGCCGACCACGGUGGGCUGGACCAAGACUUUGGCGUGAAUGACAUUCGCGUGGUGCACUUGAAGCGUGAGGACCGCGGGUUUGGCCUGCGGCUUGCGCCGGCAGACGAGACGGAGUAUGGCGCCAUUGUGAUUGACAUUGUGCCAGGUGGUGCUGCCUCGUUCAACAAGAACAUUCGGCUGGACGACAUCCUUGUUGAGAUUGACGGCAUGAACGUCCUCGACAUCGAAUACAACGAGAUCAUCAACAUGCUGGUGAGCAAGCGGCAGGUGACGCUGACGCUGUCCAGCGACUUGGCGCUGCUCGGUCUGCAAGCCGUGGACCGGCGGGUGGUGAAGGUGAAGAACUCCGAGCAUGGCUACGGCAUGGAGAUUGAGGCGAACCAGGACGACGGCUUUGUUCAGAUUGUCAGCGUCGAUCCCAUCGGCACCGCCGGCCAGACCGCACAGGUGUUCCCGGGCGAUCUGAUUGAGAUGGUGAACAACCAGUUUGUGGGCGGCAUGAGCCGAGAUGAGGUCAUACAGAUCAUGACUGAGUACGACCAGGUCGAGUUGGUGCUGCUUGGCAACGACCAGGUCGAGUUGGUGCUGCUUGGCAACGCCGACAACAGCAACGCAGGCGGUGGCGGUGGCGGCGGCGGCGGGCAUGGCUCGUCAACCAGCGCCAGCCAGCAGCAGCCUGCGCUCGCACCAGGGAUGCAGGUGUCAUUGCAAAAGGGCGCCAAUGGGUUUGGUCUCAACCUCACGUUCUCGGACACGAUGCACGCUGCAGUAAUUGCCAACGUGGCGAGCAACAGCCCCGCGGAGGCGUGCGGACAGCUGGCGAUUGGCGACGUGAUUGUUGCCAUCAACGGCGUGAACACGGUGGGCGUGGCCCUGGAGGAGGUUGUCGACCUGAUGCGCACGUGCGGCGAACACGUGGAGCUGUCGCUUGUGGCGGACGUGGCGGUGGUGCAGCUGCAGGACGGGACGCUACCUGUGCCAUCGUCACUCCGCACAGUUGUGCUUGAGCGCACCAAGGAGACGCCCCUCUAUGGGAUCCACCUCACCACCACCAAUGACCGCGUGCGUGUGAGCGAGAUUCUGCCGUGCAGUGCUGCGGAUAUCAGCGGGGAGGUGUUCCCUGGCGAUGCCAUUGUGGCCGUGAACGGGGUGCUGAUGGAGGGCAAGACGAGGCAGGACGUUGCUGAUGCCAUUCGCACGCAGCAGCGCGUCGUGCUCGUCUUGGAUGCCGACAUUUCCCCGCUCCCAGAGAACAACGACAUUGUGGCGGAGGAGCUGAUUGAGCUGACGCGGAAACCUGGCGAGUCGCUUGGGUUUUCCUUUGAAACGUUUGACAACACCCCGGGCGUGUUUGUUAAGCGCGUCAAGUCCAUGGGCGUCGCUGCCAAGGACGGAAGACUACGCAUUGGCGAUCGCAUCAUCGAGCUUCAUUUCAUGUUGGGCACGUGCUUGGCAUUGUCCUAG